AUGUCUACGAUUAUGCGAACACUGCGCAAUUUGCGCAAAGUGGGUAUCAAGGUAUGUAGGAUCUUCGAGUUGCGCCAGCCGAUUGCUAACUUAGAUAUAGGAUGCUAUGCAUCAAAUGCAUGUAAGUACACCUUACGACCAGCCCGCUACGUCGCGAACUCUGGAGCUAAUGGGUGGAUGUCGAAUUACAGUACCAAGGUAUCCAAUGCUCGAAACGAUGGUGGAAAGACUGAAGCUCAUGCAAAACAGGUGAUACCAAAGCCGGAACCUUGAUCGGAAAGGAUGGAUAUGGCAACAAGUUUUUCGAGAACUUGGAGGACGAAUUACCACGUACGGAAUCCGCAUAACAUGCCAUAUAUAAGUCCAAAUAUGCUCAUAGAAAUAUACAGUACGCACGAGAUGGGUAGACUACAAAGACGAUGAAUUCAGCGCGUAAGGAACAUCUAGCGCUCCUCGUUGAGCUAUCUUAUCUUGAUACUUAUCGAUUCUCACAGGUGUCAAAUCGAGCCCGGAUGGCACGCCUGGAUCUCAUACAUGGUAGAUAAGCCACCGACCCAAGAUCCUAUCUUACAGACCGGAGUACGUCCUUGGGAAUUGCCGCACCACAGACCAACUUUCACCAUGAGCCGUGGCGCUUUCAAGACUUAUUCUACGUGAGUGUUUAUAUUUUCGAUAUGUUUGCUGGAGUGUAUGGGUGUGAGCUGAUAUUUUUAUAAGUGUGAAGCCAAAGAUCACCGCCUGGACCCCUGAAAGUGUUGAGAGAGGGUGAGGUGGAAAUGUGGUCUGUUCUGUACAUACGUGGACGAGAGAAAAUGAAAUUAGCAUUGCACACAUACCUUCAUCAGGCUGCUGGCAGAAACCUUAAUGAGAAUCAAGUCACGAUGCCAGCCGGUUUGAACCCUGGAUGAAUGGUCGUCUGAAAUGGCACAAGACGCAUGUACAGUUGGUUUGAGAAUGCAAAGGU